GACGGUUCUGUUGUUUCCUUUCUUUUUCCUCUUCAACAAUGUCUAAGGUGAAUCAUCUGAGAGAGUUUAUCGGUCAGCGACUAACAGCAGCUGCUGUAGAAAUAUUGUCAGUGUUUGAAAAAAGCAUCUUGGAGUAUGAAGAAGAGCUCGACCGUCAGCGCAGACUGUUGGACCUCGCCUGGAAACCUGAAAUCAGACUCCACAGAGUCGAACAUCCACAAGAAAAUGUUUGUAAGGUGGAGGAGGACGGGGUUUUCAGUGACCAGCACCUGGAUAACCUGGAGAGGAGCUGCAGCCCGGACCAGGAGGAACCAGGGCAUCCACAGACUACAGAACUGGAGGAAGACUCCAGCGGUCAGGAGAUGAAGGACGAGGACGUAGAGGUGGAUGUCUCAUUGGUCAAUGUCGCUGAUGUGAAAGUUGAAAAUGGUGAACCAGGACCAAACUGUGGCCAGCUGCUGUUGCACACUUCUCCUGAAGCUCAAAACAAAGAUGAGGAAGGGACUGAAAGUUUACGCUCAGACUCCAGUAAAACUGCAGAUCCGGAGCCAAUGAGACGACACGGUGACCACGAAGAUGCUGCUGUCCCGUCAGACAGCAACUGUAAAUCAAAGCUGACCAGGACCCACACUGGGAAGAAGGUAUUUUCUUGCAGCACUUGCAGGAAAGAGUUUAGUAGAAGUAGUAAUUUAAUGGAUCACAUGAAGAUCCACACUGGCGAAAGGCUGUACCUGUGCAACACCUGCGGAAAAUCGUUUAGACACUUAUCAAAUUUUAAAAGCCACAUAUACAUGCACACAGGCGAGAAGCCCUACAUCUGCAAAACAUGUGGAAAAGGUUUCACACAAAGUGCCAGCCUGGUGAUUCACUCGAGGACCCACACCGGUGAAAGGCCGUACCUGUGCAACACCUGCGGAAAAACCUUUAAUAGAUCAUCAUCUCUUAAGCGCCACAUAACCACGCACACGGGUGAGAAGCCCUACAUCUGCAAAAUAUGUGGAAAAAGUUACAGGCUACAUUCCCACCUGGUGGAUCACUCGAGGACCCACACCGGUGAAAAGCCGUACCUGUGCAACACCUGCAGCAAAACCUUUACUAGAUCAUCAUCUCUUAAAAGCCACAUAAUCACGCACACGGGCGAGAAGCCCUACAUCUGCAAAAUAUGUGGAAAAAGUUACAGGCAACGUUCCGCCCUGGUGGUUCACUCGAGGACCCACACCGGUGAAAAGCCGUACCUGUGCAACACCUGUGGAAAAACCUUUACUCAAUCAUCAGCUGUUAAAAGCCACCUAACCACGCACACGGGUGAGAAGCGAUAAUUGUGCCAGACGUGCAGCAAAGGUUUUAGCCGCAGAAGUAUAUUGCUGAAUCACAUGAAAAUCACCCGGAGGAGAAGUCUGGCGACUCGUGACAAAGGAAGUUCAUAUUGUCGUCCUCCGGGGGCAGCUGUCCACUCCUGUCUGACCUGCAGAAGUCCAACCACCACCUCCUGUGGCUGAUGAGCCUAAUCCCCUCCCCACAAGGGUUGCAGGUUCAACCCGGAUUUAUGCUUCUCCGUCAACUUGGCGCAGAGGGAACAAUGUAGUUGUGUACUUUUUUUAAAGUUCUGCAUUGAGUUUGUUUGAAUUCCUGUUCCUUCUUAAAAUCAUAUUAUUUGUUGCUGUUGGUAACUUGCCGUCUCCACGGUGCAAAU